AUUGUAUUUAAUUUAAGAUCAAAUGAAUUUCAAGUUCAAAUAAUUCCUAAAAAAAAAAAAGGCCAACGGCAGAUUGUCGUGUUCAAUUUCUUACUAGGGGAUUAUUGGGGAGGAGUCAAAAGAGCGACGCCAGCCCCCUGACUGAACUAUAUUAAAACACACUUGUCACCAAUCCUGAUAAACUGUACUUGUAACGUUACCUUCAAAAUGCUUCAAGGCAGUACAGCCACAGGUCACACAUCUGUUUGGCUGUUGGUGAUGUUUUCAUUUCACAGCUCAGCACUCAGCACCCGCAAUGCCUCAGGGUUUUACCCGCGGACCUUCUCUGGCGAUGCUGAGGACUACCUGGGUCCGUCCAUGCUUAACGGCCUGGGCGAUGACACCGGUUCCGGCUCUGGUUCCCAGCCUGAGCAUGUGAGACGAUACCGUGGCUCACAUCAUCAUCCUCACAGGCACUACUUUGUCUCGGAGGAGGCCAAGCGCUUCCUGCGCAGCUGCCUGGCCACCACCUUCGUCCCGACGGUCUACAUCUUUGUCUUCAUCAUCAGCGUGCCACUCAACCUUGUGGCCGCAGUGAUAUUUGUGCACCCCGUCCGUCCUAGAAAGCCCGCCAUCAUCUACAUGCUGAAUCUGGCAUGUGCUGACCUGCUCUUUGGCCUGCUCCUCCCUUUCAAGAUAGCCUACCAUUACCACGGCAACAACUGGAUAUACGGCCCGUUGAUGUGCAGGAUCGUGACGGCGGCCUUCUACUGCAACAUGUACUGCUCGGUCCUGCUCAUGGCUUGCAUCGCCAUUGACCGCUUUCUGGCCGUGGUCUACCCCAUGAACUCGCUGACGUGGCGCAGCCGUCGGACCGCGUGGGCCGUGUGCGCCGCCAUGUGGCUGCUGGCCCUCAUGGGAGUAGCGCCUCUCUUGGCCUUGGGUCAGACCGCAUACUUGCCCCAACUGGACAUCACCACCUGCCACGACGUGCAAGAUUCUAAAAAACUGAAAUCCUAUUAUCGCUGCUUCUUCACCAUCUACUGCUGCGUGUUCUUCUUUGUCCCGCUCGUCUUCACGGUGGUUUGCUACGUGCGAAUCAUCCGGGCCUUGGCGGCCUCCAACGUGGAGAACCGUUCCAAAAAGACUCGAGCGGUGGUGAUGGCUGCGGUUGUGCUGGUUGUCUUUGUGGUCUGCUUCACCCCAGCUAACAUCAUUCUAAUGGUCCACUACAUCGAAAUCGACAAGUCCAGCGACACCUCCUACCGGGCCUACCUGAUCGCCAUGUGCGCAGGAAGCCUUAGCUGCUGCCUGGACCCGCUCCUCUACUACUUUGGCUCAGCUCAGUGUAGGAAACGGGUGGUGGCGCUGUUUGGAUGCCAGCGUCCGCAUCAGACUCCGAGCAGCUCUCAUACGCAGAGCGCCAGAAUCAGCGGGCAGCGGGACAUCAGCAAGUCAUGCAAAAUGGAGGUUGUUCAAAGUUUGUCAGGGGGACAGUAUUGUAAAUUGGACACCAAGGUGCAUAGCAUUUAGCCCUGUCAUUUACACAGUUCAACAAAUCAAUCUAGAAAAUGUAUUUGCAUUUCUGAAUGAAAAACAAAAAAAGAAUUGUUGACCAUGCUCAUCUUGAAUUAACAGCCAGGUCAUUUAUUAGUGUGGUUUGCCAGUGUAUACAAGUAUAAUGUAAAAUAAAAUUGCCAUCGCCUUUUAAAUGGUGGAAUAUAUGAUAUAUUUUCUUCUAUUUUCCAUUUUCUAUACAUUUUGGGCUGGGCAUAAUCACAUGGUUAUACUGGCUGAAUAUACGCCCGAUGGUCUACAAAGAUUAAUUACAACUAAAUUAACGAUACUGCAUGUGUUUCUUUCUGUCUCAAAGUGUCUCACUCUGUACUUGGCUUGUCAUCAGAACACAGCUCUGGAGAAGGAAGACAGAUAAAGACAAAAUAAAUAGGAGCAAUGACAACCACACACAUUCCGUUUUGAAGCGAGUGGCAACCUCAUUCAGUAUUCCACUCAACUAAAAGUCUCACCUGAAAUUCCGUCAUAUUUAUAGUAGUCCUCUGGGAAGUUCAGACAGCCAAGUUGCUUUUUGAACACUUCGACAUCAUUGGGAUCAAUUGCUCCACUCCGUGCUGAUUGUUAUUAAUAUUUAUUUUAAAAGUCACAUUGACUUGCAAAGAGAGACAGAGAGAGAGUUGCUCGCUUACUGAACUGUAGGAUGAAUCUACCAGUGACAUCACGAUUUCGGAAGGUGUCUGUCCACAGGAGACAGUUGGAACAUGUCCUCACGAGGUGACCUUUGUGGUCGGCUAGGUAUUCUUUGGAAAAUGUGCACAUUUUGGUCACAGUAUGCACAAAUAGAAUGUAAAAUGUCUCAUAUAUAUACAAAGAUAAAAAUACAGGAGUUAAAUCAUGAUUUAAUAUGAAUGUAUUGCAAGUGGUUUGUGUUUAUUUUGUAAUGUCUGUAUUUAUUUUCUACACUUACUGCGAAAUGUGGUGGAGAGAUCAGCAACUGUCAUGUUGACUUCACCAAAACUGCAACCGCUUCUGUGAGACAACAUCAUUAUAUUCUAGCUUGCAGUUUAUAUUCCAUUGUGGUCCAACUGCAUCAAGCAACUUACAGACUGCGAUCGCCCCAUCGCAUUGUCAAUAUGUGACUGUCUGACGUUGGGGAUAAAUCUAUCCAGGAGCUUUUCCAAGACCCUAACGCAAGGUGGUAUGGCAGGGGGUCACCAGCUCCCAUGGCGUACA